AUGGACACCUUCAACAAAAGAAAAUUUGGGUCACGUGUUAAAAAAGAAGAAACUGCUGUGAAGGGUGUAGAGGAAAAAGGAUGUCAAGAGAUAAUUUUCAACUACACCCCGUAUAAUACCAACAAAAGCGAUCUACUUCAAGGUCUUACAGAGGCGUACGAACUGUUGCCUAUCCAUCAGGCGACAUACAGCAGAAUUCAACACUUGCCCCAGUUAAAUUGCGCGAACAACUGUCGAAACAUACACAGAGAUCAGCUGUGUGCUCGUCGUAUAAUGGCAAGGGGCCGUAGGAGUUCUUCACCAGACGACGAUGGCUACAAACGUUUUACCGAAGACAUCCACAAUGUCUCGUACGGUUCGAACAGCACCAGUGACGAAAUGGGCAGCCGAUCGACAUUGUGCUGCGAUAACGAUCAGGAGAUGGAACGAGGGGAGGGCAAUUGGGAGAUGAACUAUCAUGAGGCGGCUAUUUUUUUAGAGGAAGGACAGAAUAAUGAGAAAUUCGACUCGCACCCUCGACAUCCCAACGAUCUACCCGCGUACCUACUCGUACAUAACGCGUGGUAUUACGGGCUGGAUCUGAUUAUGUCGAUCAUAAUUUUGCUGCUAGCGCUAGUCGAGGCACCGUCCGUUGAUAAUUUUCAGGUAUUUAUAUCGGUAGCUUGCGAGGGGUAACCCACUUGUACACCACAUUUACCGGGAGCACUUAAGACCCUGAAACGGGACAUCCCGACCUCUCAUUCAAUUAAAUUAAUACAGUCGGCAGUUAUAGAUUUCUAUUCUGAAUUGUGGGGCAUAUAUCUCUGGGGGAUAUUGAUACUCCCCAGUCACAAAAGAGAGUAGUUUAAUUUUAAGUUACUCCCUUUUUCCUGGGGGGUAUUCCAUACCCCCCAGACCCCCCGGUGGUAUAUUACACUGUAAAUUAAUGAAAGUGGGCAGUUAUAGAUUUUUAUUCUGAAUUGUGGGGCAUAUUCCUCUGGGGGGUAUUGAUACUCCCCAGUCACAAAAGAGAGUAGUUUAAUUUUAAGUUACUCCCUUUUGCCUGGGGGGUACUCCAUACCCCCCAGACCCCCCGGUGGUAUAUUACACUGUAAAUUAAUGAAAGUG